UUUACACUGCAGACACAGUCAGUGCUAAACUAUUAAAACGUGGACUUGGACUUGAACUAAAGAUGAGUAAAGUGUGGAACACUCUACAACGAUUAAAAUCUCCAAGAACAAAUAGGAUACCUUUAGUUGAUUAUUACAGCAAUGUCAGAGAAGAAGUAAACCAGGCAGAUAACAGGUACAACAACCCCUCAACCCAGAACACCUUCAACACCCACUGUCAGAGUGAAGUUCCUCCUGAUGCCUCUGAGGAUGAGUCUUGUUUCUCAGUGCGGCCUGAGACCAGUUCAGGACAGCAGAACCUGGAACACCUCAUGCAAAGAUCUGUGUCCUUCCCAAAGCCACCAGCAGAUCUUAACCAGAACCUUCAGCAGCACCUGGUAAAUGUGCAGGAAGCUGUGCGCAAUGACCUGGUGAAGCUGGGUCCCACGGGGCAAAUGGGACAUCUGAUUGAUUGCUACCAUCAUCAGACAUUUGAUCACCUCAGUGAUCUUCUCCAGAGCGUCCACUCCUUCCAGAAUACCCUUGCGCUGAUGAAGUGGGUCCUACAUACAUAUCUGAGUUCAGAGCUUCUCCAUCAUCCUGAACUUCUAGAAAUGGAUCCUGUAAAAACCGUUGACCUUCUGCUGUACACAGAAUGGGUGGAAAAAGCAAAGAACAAACUGCUUGACAAUGCGCAGAAAGAGGUCAGACGGUCCCUGGAGGAAAUCUUGCAGACAGAGAGAAGACAAGAACGUUGUGAUUGUGAGGAAGCUUACAUUGGAUUUUAUGUGGACAUUAUUCAGUGCAUCGAUGCCAUGCCCAAAGAAGCACAAAAAAUCAGCUCAAAACUGUCUAACGACGUCCGAGAAGUUUGUUUCCAAGAGCUGCUGACGUUUCUGCAGAGGUACACCACUGAGCAGAAUGACAUUCUUGGAAAACAAGCAAAAAUGGACAAACCACAAACGAUACACUUCUUCAAGACUUUGACCACCUGUAAUGAACUCAAGAAGCACGUCCAGACCGAAAGUAAAGGCAUCACAAGAUCCCUUGUGCAGGAGACUGUGGAGCAACUUAAAAAAAUGGAGGCUUUUACUUUAAACCUUCUUAUAGAAAUCACAGCUGACACUGCAGAGAACCACCUUAUGAAUUACUUCAAAACAGGAAAAGAGAAAUUCUUCAACUCCAUCCUAGAAGAACAGAUGAAUUUCCCCAAGCUGUCGUUGCACCAGUAUGAGGAAGUACUGAAGAUGGUAAUGAAUGAGGCCUACAGACGCAUCGCUCACAUUUACCUCAAACAUCUGGUCCAGAGAAGCCAGAGAAAGCUGAAGAGGUGUUGGAGUCCUACUGUUGGGCAAACAAUCACCGCAGAUGCUGAGCUUCUUCACAACACCAUCUCAGACCUGGUCCCUGAUGUCCAGCAGUGGAACCUCAUGCUGCUGAAAACCCCAGAGCUGCUGGAGUGCAAAGGCAUCGAUGCGGUGAAGCUCACAGUCGCAGGCAUGCAGAAUGAGUGUCUCACAUGGAGAGAGGACCAGGAUCUCCUGCCUGCACUGCUGCACUGGAAAGGUCUCUCUGGAUGGCAGGUUAGGGAGGUGCUGGAUGUCCUUCCUGGGCAGGAGAUCAGACUCAGAUCUGGAUCCUCCUGUCUCACCUGCUGGUGAAGGCUAAGCUCCUCUAAAGAAGAUCAACUGCAACAAGCAAAGGAUGGAGCUGAUCGUCCAAAACAUUCAGUAACUUCCACUGAACUUUUCAGACGUUUAUCUACAGAUGUUGUGUGUCGCCUUCCAAGGAGUCUGCCAUGUUUCUACAGUAGCUCUUAAUUCUAUUAAAUAUGUACUGUAAAUGUAUAUAGUAUGUUUAUAGUACAUUUGAAGUACAUUGAUAACUUUCAAUACCUGGGUAAUUCAUUAUGCCUAAUUAUGCUUUUACAAAAUAUAUGCUGAAAUGUAAGCAUAUUAUUUGCAGCAUUUUAUUGUAUUCACACGUAAAAUAUAUAUAUAUAUAUAUAUAUAUAUAUAUAUAUAUAUAUAUACACCAUUUUUGCUUUAAUGUAUACCAGAACACACUUUAAAAUAAUUAUGUAAUGGAUGUGUGCUUCAGUCUUUGAUAAGUAUGACUUUUUUAUUUUAAUUUUUUUUCAGUAUAUUAGUACAAAGUUGUACUUUUUAAAUGUUGUACACUGUAUUCUUUUAUGUCUAUUGUGUUGAGAAGCUUACAGAUUGAUCUGCAGGGACUCCUAAUAUACUUCAAAUAAACUUCAGCAUCAUUCAAUAAAAAAAAUCAAAAUUU